AUGAUCAGGGCUGCAGUUACUUCAAAUUUGUUGAAGUAUCGUCAACCUGACGUUCUCUGUUUUUGCGCACCAGUCAAACAGCGCCGUUCACAAUUCCCAUUGGUGGCGCUUGCACGUAAAUCUGCGCCCACAUCAGCUGCACAAGGAAUUUACCUCGGAGAUGAAAAUGGAACCCCACCGAACCGUCGUUUUUCGCAAGCUAUCGCCCCAGUGAUCACCACCACACCAUCGCCAUCGAAUCAGAAUCAGCCUCCGACUAUCCCACCGCCAAAGCCGCCUCGUACUGACCUGGCCGUUCUUUCGAGUAUUAANCUUAUCAUCACUUAUAAGGGCAUUCAUUGGAAACUCUCACCAAGUGAUACUCUAAGAACAUCGAUUGUGCGAAGUGUUAGCGAGUAUCGUACUGAUCAAAUGGCCGAAAACAUGCGGAGGAGAUUCUCGAAAAGUAAAACAACCACCAACUUUGAUGUAUCACCAAAUUCUGGUGUCGGUAAAGGUAUGGAUGAAAUUGAUGAAGCGCUGCGAUUCGUUGAAGAUAAUUCGCUAAGCGAAGUGAUGAUUGAACUCUCUGAUAAAGCACCACUUGUCCACUUACAAGAGAUCUGCUCGGGGAUAUCUGCUGACUUGGACACUCUAUCACCUGGUAGUGGAUGUGAGGUGAUCUGUGAAAAUUGCAAUACGGUCGUGUAUCGUGAAGGAACGCUCGUUGGCGUUUGCAAGUGUAAAAGGAAAUCAUCGUCGAGUAGCUGCAGAUUCCGUAUUAUUCCAAUUCCAUCCCCACCGAAAGACCUGCCUGCUUCGCCUCAAACCGAGCCAAGUCAAACUCUCAGUCAACCGAGUCAAGUUCCUACUAUACAACGAGGUUUCACACCAUUUCAUUUCUAA